AUGAAGGAAAUUACAAAUGAUACAACAGUGACGAAUGACGAGGAGAGUGACAAUUCCCUUUCCAAUGAUGUCGUCGUCGUCGUCGCGGAAUCGAAACCAACGAUCAUCGAACUCGCAAGUCAAGAUCCAUUCUUUCGAUACGCCAAACAAUUUUUGGUGUUCCUCACCGGGCGCAGGGUCAUGGGCGCAAUCGCCUUCCUGGUGGCCAUUUCGUUGAUUCUGGUUCUGACCCUCACGCCUGUUGGCGGGGGUGCAGCAGUGGAUACUUCUGUUGCCGCCACUGCAGAGUCUUCCACGACAGCAACUGGUGCAACGUCACCAACAACGAGCACCACCACCACGCAGCCAGAAGCAAGACCAAGUAUGGCUCCACUGCCAACCCAAGAACCGUCUACAAUGCCAACCUUGGAACCUGCCGUCAGCCCCAGUUUUCAAUUGCGACUGCAUUGGGAGGAUGGAUACUAUUGGCAAGAGAGUCGGGAAGAAAUGUUCUAUUGCAUGGAGUGCGCUGACUGUGACGAGUAUACCACAGGCGAUGGAAGGGAUGGAGAUUGUCGUUCCCGGGGAAGUUCUUCGGCAAGAUGCCGAGAGGGACACCUUGUUUGGAUCGAAUGGUGCAAUCGGCGAGACUACCAAUUUGAAAUCAUUCAACAUUACAAUUCUGGGAGUCAGGUUCGAGUGCAUGGGACGGAUUUGUGCUUUUCGACCGUCUACAAUCGAUAUUUGGAACUCCGAGUGUGCAACCAAACGGACGCGUUGCAACUGUGGAGUCCGAUUGCAGACACCAAAAAGUUUGAGCUGAGACCAUUUGAUCAAAGAAAUUUGACUCGAGAUGAUGCUCGAUGUCUCUCCCAGCAACACCAUCCAAAAUCAGAAGAAUUGGUCGGUUUGCAUUCAUGUGCUGAAGCUAGACAAGAUGAAACCGUGUAUUGGGCUGAAUAUCACCGGUAA